AUGAGCGUGUGUUCGUAUUCGGCGCGCCACCUCACCCGAAAAGAGGCUUCGGUUGAUCGUUGUUCGGCUGUUUCGGUGGCCGGAUGUUGCCUCCCAAGAUAUAAACUUUCGCGCCAACCGGAAGUCUCGGCUGCUGUCCGUCGAGAGGGAAAAAUCCGUUUCUGGGCCGUUGGCGAAGGAGAAGACGAAGAUCACAAUAUAUUUAGACUGUCAAUAGCUUACCCAGCCCACCUCCGAAAAUGCCUCCGAAUGCAAAAUCUUUCGCACCAUUAUAAAAGUCCCGCUCGGGUGAUGGGAAUGCAAAUCCCUCGUGAUGACAGCCCGCGCGGACGAGGCGUGAGGAAGGAGCGUCUUGAUAGCAACCCUACGAUCACUUUCCCGCGCCUGUUCCGGUGGGUGAAGCCUCCCGUGGUCCAUCAAGCUGUAAUUCUGGCCGUCGUCGUGAGCGCGGGCGUGGUGGGCGGGGCCCCUACUGGCGUCACGCCUACCGCUGAAUCUCCACCCACCGCGCCCGCUUCCCGAGGCUCCAGCAGCGGUUCAUAUGAUCUGCUGGAAGCUCCCGGCACAGAGCGUGGAGUGGGCCAUGACCGUGAAAACUUGUGUACAAGCAGUGAUUGUGCCGACGUCACCAAGAGCGGUAAUCUCGCCAGACAACAGCAGCGAUUUCAGCGUCGCCGCCAGGUGAGUCACUUGUAUCCAACAAAAGAAAAGAAAGAUGAUUCAGAAGUCCCGUCACGGUCUCGGGCUGCAAGGGACGCAGACACGCGAGUGACGGAUUGGUUGUUGGGGCAGAGUAUGAGUCAGGCCUUCAGUGAGGGCGCGCCUGCUGGUUUAUCGACGUGGAGUUGGUUGAACGGCGCCAGAGAAGCCACACUGGCACCGACGGAGGAAUCCAAGAAGGACGCAAGAGAUGGCUUUUUGCAGAAUAGCGCGGCGUCCUCUUUGCUACAUAGUGGAAUUACUGAUUAUGGCACGGCGCAGACUGGGGGCAUGACUGGCUCUUGGUCUCUGCCAAUUCGUUUUAGUCAAAGUGGGACGAAAAAAAUCAGUAAUCCCCUGACCUCCUCUCCGUCGCUUCCCCCAGUGCCAGACAGGACGACGAGAGAAACAGAGCCUCACGCAGGUCAUCAGUGGUUGACAACACAAACCGUUAGCGACGCCCCCAUCACUGUGACUGACGAACCAGAUAGCAUCCCGUCGCACCCCGAGGAGCGCCCUCCUGGCCCGCAAUCACCUCAUGCCACGAAACCGCUCGCAGCCACUCAUCUGAACACACAUACAAACACACCACUACUCAUCACUUCACCUCUAACGAACACACCCCGAUUCACCAGUUAUCCACGGCCACAUCCCACUUCCUCCAAGCACACACAUACAACACAUCCACUCACAACACAGCAAGCAAACUCUCAUAUAACACAACCCACCAGCACGUCACAACAACACUCAUUUCAUAAGAGCCGUGAGCCACCGGUAAACCAAAACCAUGACACAGUCCUACAGGAUAGUAGCACGCCACCAGACCCAUCAACGGUAGAAUGGCUAACUUUCUUACUCUCUGAUCAACAUGUCAAUUCAGAUCAUGCGCCGACUACACAGUCAGUUACAACAGCAGGCCCGGAAAAACCUCAUGUCAUGAAUACCAGUCUAGGUGCAACAGAGGAGGUAAAAGAAGUUCCUGUUUUGGCUUUAGAAUCUAGCCAUACCUUGACCUCUGUGAUGGACCCAGGUCAUGACGCAUCGGCAGGCUUGAAUCAUGGAAACCUCACAGUUCAGGAAUUUCCAAGACAACCCGCUGUGCCUGUCAGAAAACAAUCAUUCUUAGUCUCAGUAACUGAUCAACCAGUACUAACCAUUGAAUCAUCAAUAACUACGGAUCAAGCGUAUAGUGCAUCUGAACAUUCACAUAAAUAUCCUGAAAACCCUUUUGUAAUCACCGUUCAACCAAAAGUAUCAGAACAAACGCCUGAAAACAAUGAACAUCCUCACAAUUUUUUCGACUUGUCUGGAAGGCCUGAAUCACCACCUGAAGAUGCCAAUGAAUCUAUAUAUAGAGUAGCUGAUAUAGCUGAAAGUAAUGAAAAGUUACAUUUUAAUACACAUGAAAUGUUUAUGCAUUCUGAAACAACACCUGACUCUGAAGUAACAAUGAGCGACCGCGAACAAAGAGUCAAUGCAACCGAACAGCCACCCACAAGCCCUGAACAUAUACAGACAGACCCUGUCAACCAUUUUACAGGUAUUGACAAUGCAAACACUCCAAGAUAUAAACUUUCGACUAUAAAUAACCAGAAAUUGAACUAUGAAGGACAGUCAUUUGUACCUGCUGGGGAAUCCUCCUUUGGUAACCUUCAUUAUAUGCAUAAGCUUCCUCACCAAUCAUACACUGAUCCAGAAUACGAAGGAUCAUCUUCAGAUCUAACCCAAAUACGUGAAAUUCUUGGGCAGUUACUUGAAGUUCCUGAGCAGCCUGUUGUAGGAAUAGGGAAAUAUCCUCCUAGAGGGACUACAACAGCUCCAGUACAGUCAUCUACAGAUCAUGGCCGUCUGGUUACGUUUACCACAAAUAUUUUAAAGCAAACAGAGACAAGCAAUGAUGUCUGGCAGACGGGAUACCAGACAACAGAAAAUUCGCCUUGGACUGCACUUCUACCCACGAGCAGCUCACCCAAAAAUAAUCUUCUGUCAGAAAUACUCAGUCAGACUUUAACAUUUCUAUCCAAAACAGACCCUUUUCCAAACACCAAUAACACUCACGAAAGACUGCCAAACAAAACCAAUUCAGGAAAGGUUCCUGCUCAACCAGCAGAGAGUUUAAUACCCCAGGAUACCUCAACUAUUCUGCCUUUAAAGAACCAGACACCUAAUUACAACAGUGGUGAAAUGCAAGGCACACCAGUGCUAAGUGCGCCACCUGACACGAUCAGCCUUUUGUCAGCCUUAACCACCACUGCCCCUAUAAAAGUUACUACUGCUGCAGAACAGAGUAUAUCAUGUGAAGAUGUUGGUAAGCUUUCCCCUCUCUUGGAUUUCUACGGCUCAGUUUAUCCUGGUUUGACAAAUCCUUGUAAAUCAGUAAGAACUGAUAAAGAGAGUGAAGGCAUUGUUAAAGAUUCUGAUCUAUAUUCUACACACGAACAAAAGGAGAAGCUAGUGAGUAGUGAAAACAUAGCCCAAGUCCCUUCAGAUUUUUCUCCUGUUAUCAUAUCAGAUAUUCCAAUAAGUUACUCUACAUAUAGGAUACCUGACCCCGAUAUUGUAUCAAACAGCUAUUCCGCUGGAAGUUCUCACGUGUCUCCCAGCUAUAUCUCCAAUGAUCAACCCAAUGAUCACAGAGCACAGAGCACCAGUGACUCUACUCAGCCACCCACUGGCAUGAUACCUUCACCGACAAAUGCCACGCCCACCAUAGAUUCAUCCACGAUUAUUCCAUACUCAGUUCAUUUCCCAAAGAGGAACGUUUCAUGGCACUUAAGCACCCAACCCAACAACAAAAGUACGGCAAAAUAUGAGCCCUCACCUACUCUCUCUCCGCCACCCAUGUAUGAGGAUACACACAAUGCUUCGUCCAUCAGUGAGGACAGCCAUUCAUCCUCUCCUACGCUGCCGUCAUUCACGUCCGACGAGAUCCCUCAGCCAGAAGCUUUCCUUACCUUUGAGGAUUUUGAGGACAAGCCAACAGCGACCUUGGUGGCAGGGGAUGGGAGUUCAAUCGUCGUCAGCUCCAUGAGUCUGAACGUUGGACAUGCCCUGCCUGAGCCUUAUAAGGGGGGAGAGAACACAAAGUGGGUAAAGAUUUCAGUAGAACCGUCAGUGGACUUGGCUCCUACACCUUCUUCAGCAAGCACAAGCAAAGAACUCCCAUCCACAAGCACACUGCCACCAACGUCGACAGAGAAGGAAGGCAACUCUUCCUUUUCGAUAACCUCCAUCUGGGGAUCUUGGUAUAAACGAUGGGCCUCCUCUAGGUCAAAAGUCACGUCUGGAGGCACUACUUCAGACACCGGGAUCACUGCAACAACGACAGAAAACCAGAUUGUUGUCUCACCAUAUACAACAAUGCCAUCCCCAUCAACUACUCCUACAACCACUCCAGCAUUACCAAACCACACGAUAUCCUUAUUGUUGGAUAGUCUUGUAACACAUCCUUCUACAACAGAUCCUGCAGCAUCGUACCUUUUAUCAGAGAGCCAAACAACGAAAAUCCCCUCGAUGAUCUCUCAGGCAGUUCCUAUUCCCAUGGUACUCCCCACAACACCGCCAACAAGUACAUUCCAUGCAACCUCCCAAACAACACCACUUUCAGCAAAACCAGCUGCAUCACCAGCGAUGAGUUUUACGUCACCAUUCCCGUUAUUAACAAAUAAUAAGUCACCGGCGAGGAAUCUUACCAUAUCAUCACUUCAAACAGAGUCUUCAUUGAAUAAAUCCGGACCAGCUGAUUUGACAGUGGAAGAGGAUUCAGUUACACCUCUUACAACACUUGUGUCGACAGCAGAUCCUACAAAGGACUCUGAUAACAACUUGCUUGUACUAAGAGAUGAGUCCCCACAUACUCAGCCCAUAACAGAGGGUCAUACAACGCCAAUUUCUGUAGAAUAUGAAACUGAAUCACCCGUAAAUGAACCUACCGAGACGAUAGUACCAACGCAUGAUCAAGUAUCGAAUUCGACCAGCCAAAAUUCAACCAAGAAAGAACUGACCUCAACGUCCUCGCCAUUGACUCGCGUCCUGGGUUCUCUCUGGGACUUGUUUCGGCCUCAGAAACCCAAAUUAACAGUACAGACUGAUUCUGUGGCCUCAGACGAUCACAAAAACGAGAGUCAUUCUGGAAAUAAUAUUAUGGGUAACAUUAAACAAUCAGUUACAACAACAAAGUUACCCAUAUACACAAUAUCUAAUCUUACAUCUGUUGUUCCGUCUGCAGUAACUAAGAGUAUGCCAUCGAACGUAACAGCAAUAACUCAAAAUACAGAUAAUUCGACUGUACUGAUGUCGCAUACAAAUCAUGAAGAGAAACACCGCUUCCUACAGAUGUUUAGUACACGUAAAGAACCCCAAGUUACAUUCAUCAAUCCCUCAGAGGGCAAUGUUGAACGUGUGAGACCCUCUCCGACGAAAUCUCCCCUUGCAGCAUAUCUUCCUUCUUCAAUUGAAUCUUUAGAAAACCUGUUUAAUCUCCUCGGUAAAUUCGGUAACAAGCAUAGCAUAUUUGGAGGUCAUGAGAAAAGAAAAAAUGAGCAAGUUGAGGACACUGUCCCGGGAAACCAUUGGCCACUCGUCUUAAGGCAGCGGCCUUCACAACCUCCUCAUUUCCCUCAACUCGUAGCACCACCGGUUACCGUCACCUACCGCCCGCCAUCCGCUCACCACAGGCCUGGUGCAGGAAUAUCCACACAAAGACCCGCCAUCAUUCUGAAGAAACAAGGAUCGAGGGUACAUAUCCCCCUGAUACCCUCAGCGGAUUUCAGCUCGUUUCAGCCUCAUAGUUCCAUUCGCUCUAAGAUCACGAGCAAUUUAUUCGACCCUCGUCCUGAGACAACAGUGAACCCUGCCUUUCCUCCUCGCGCCACGGGCACACUUCCUCUAAACAUCAUUCGCUCCAGAGCAGGCGAAAUCGAGUACGACCGGACGAAUGAUGUCAGAAACGUCAAAGCUGAAGUCGACGAGAGUCAGCAUCACCGCCCUCCCUUCCCCGCUGAACCCAAGACGUCGGAAACCCAUCAGCGGAGGAGGUGCGGGAGUCGCCUGCUGGACCGCCUCGACUACCUGCUCGGAAGGGAACUCGUCAUGGACCAGUUCGGCGUGAGAGUGUAUAGCUCCGUCGUCGAAAGCAUACUUACGGCCGAGUGCAGCGCCCAAGAGGAAACUCCUGAAGGAUCGAACAGAGGGCCUUUGCCGCUCCCUCCGUCGCCCCCGCCGGCCUUGUCUCCGAAGCCUCAACCCCUCGCUCCCCCUUCCGAGUACAAACCUGCAGCCACGUUCGGGAUGGAGGGAUGGAUGACGAUGGAUGACCUGAGGGCUAAGGCAGAAGAGGAUCGCCUCAAGAAGCAUAAAGAGAACAUCCCUGAGGACACCACGCAGCGCAGCUUGGACACAGAAACAAGCGCGAGUUACGCACACCUCCUCAGGAAUCACCGUCUGACGGGCCCCUUCAUGCCCACCGCCGCCGCCCUCUCUGCUACGCCCAAGCACCCUUCGACCUCUUCCCCUACGCCCUCUCCCCCGAUUCCUCUUCCCACGACGACUUCCCCUGCCUCGACGACCUUCCCUGCCCCGACGAAUCCCCCUUCUUCGACGAACUCCCCUGCCACGACGACCUCUCUUGCAAAUGACACUUCUACUGCCGCGUCUCUUGCGCCGCCUUUCCUGUCCAUCUUCUCUUCGUUCUCCUCUUCCUUCGCUAAUGCUUCCACCUUGACUACUCCGUCCACACAUCGACCCGGUCCAUCCACGCUUCCAAGCCCGUCUACAUCUACAGUGUCCGAUCUACUGUCUACCCCGCCUGCAUACUCCACUCCAACUAAUUCGUUUACUUCUAAUUUGUAUACCCUAGACGCGCAUAAAGCAUCCAUUGUAUCCACUCUUUCCGUAGCCUCCACUCCACCUUCCUCAUCCACACCCUCUACCUUCUCCACCCUUUCCACCCCAUUCAUCUCUGCACCUGCCACCUCUCCUCCUUCGUCAGCGCCGCGUGAUGACCGCCCAGCGCCCCCGACCCUCCUGCAGACGCCACCGGCAGCCCGCAGCGAAGGACGGCAGAGAAGGUUCGCGACAAUGCUUAGGAGUCCCCCCGGCCUGGCACUUGGAGCCGGGAUGCUGGCAUUGAACAGCGUGGCACUGGCUGCAGGCUCCCCAAUCAGCCCGGCGGAAGAGCAGCUUCCUUCCGCCCCGGAGGAAACGCCCUUCCCGCGCGCCCUCAGCACCAGCGUCUUCGGCUUCGAAACGAUCCUGACGGGGCUGGUGUACCUCUCCUUCGGGAUCUUCCUCUACCAGAUGAUCCAGAGAGCCGUGGACGCGCGACUCAUUACCUCACUUACGUCGCCAACCGGUGGGAGAAGCGCCAGCCAGUUCGAUGCCAGCAGUCUUUUGGAGUCCUUAGAGGAGCACCUGCUCUCGCCUGUUUUAAGUGCUAAUGACCCUCCGUCAGCAGUCAUGGGUGCUACUGCCUCUGACGUGACUGAAACCGUAUGCUCGUUAAACGCCCGGAAGAACCGCACUCGCUCAACGCUUUGUGAUUAA